AUGGGUUCUGAAAACGGCCAGAGUGGCCAAUUCCGCGCGCCGCACCUCCCGCCUUCUUCCCUAAGCGCUUCGUCUAGUACAUCCUCUUCUGUUUCUACUGCUGCGGCUCCUCCUGCUUCUUCCGCCGCAAACACCGCGACCGGCAGCAGCGGCGUCUGGGGGGCGGACAUGCAUCCGUCCGCGGCGGAGUUUCUCCCCCAGUCGUUCUCCUCCCAGCACUCCGCGCUUCCGGUGGCUCCCUUCCCCGCGCCCCUCGCCGCGCGGAUGUUCCCCGCGCAGUCCAUCUACCGCCCGGACUUCACGCAGUCGGACCGCUACUACCCCGCCGCUGCGAGCCGCUGGGGCGGCGGCGCGUUUGCGUCCGGCGACGAUUACUACGACGGAAUCGCGGAGGAGAACGAAGGCGAAUGGGCGGAAGACGCUCUAGACACGUACAUCGACAGCCUGGACACCCGCGACGCCGCCGGGCUCGGUCCCGGGUAUUACUACGACGGGCCUGUCGGCGGUGCUGCUUGUAACGAGGACUUGGAGCUCGAACCCCCUGCUCCUGCGGCGACGUUCAACUGGACUCAAAUAGAGGAGUCGUGUCAGCGCAUGGAGGAGCAGCACAUGCGCAUCAUGGAGGUCGACCUGACGUGCAUCGGCGACGGCAACGGUGGCGAGCAGUGCCGCUGCCGCUGCCAGCGCCGAGCAGAGACUCGGUGUUUUCCGCGCAUGGUCGUAGGGGUGGCAGUAAGAGCACUGGCGGCGGUGGUGCUAGCAGCAGCACGAUGCUGA